UUUAGACUUUGUUCCCAUUAUUUUUUGUUCUCAGUUUAGGAACCUUUGCUUCUUCUCCCAUGUUUUUAAGCCUAACUCUACAUAAGAUUUAAUUCCACUGCCUGCUAUUCAACAUAACUGGCACACAAAGUCAGUUAGAGAUGGAGCUUGUUGCUCAUGUGGUGACCGUGAUCAGCAUCUAUGGCUGCCUUCCUUUGACCGUACUGGUCAUCUGUUGGGUGGUCUGCUGUUUGCAGGGACGAAACGAGCGCAUUCCUGUCAUCUAUUACACAAACCUCCUCAUCUCCAAUGUAAUCAUCUUCAGCACCUCGAUAUCUUUGUCAUCAAGAAACGACGAUGGAUAUACGACCUUCACUGUUGAUCCCUAUAUUUUCUUUAUUGGUCACAUAGCUAAUCCUAACUUAAAGAUGUGCAUUGCUAUUGAAAGAUAUUAUCUCAUUGCCCGUCCACAGAUGGAAUGUAUCAGACAAGCCAAAGGUGCUGUGGGUGUCUCUGCUCUGGUCUGGACUGUUUGUAUUAUCACUGUAACUUUUGGGAACUAUAUAUUGAUGGCUAUUGUUGUCUUCUUCCCUGGCCUCAUAUUCAUCUACGUCUUAGCUGGGAUGUUCUGCAUUUUGCCUGCUGCCACCUCUGUGCCCACUGAUGAGAAACAAAGAGUUACAGGAACUUUAGUUGUGCUGCUGCUUAACUAUUUCCUGAUGAUUUUUCCCAUGAACAUUUGGGACAUUUUAGCAUUUCACAGUUUUGACAAACUUGAAUAUCCAGAUGUGAUUUUGACUUCAUAUUGGCUCAGUCCCUUUGUGGACUUGAUUCUGCUUGUUUUCAUGCGGAAAGGGUGCAUUGACAAGAUAUUGUCAUGUCUGUGCUGCUGCAUUAAGGACAACAGUGCAAUAGAUGUCAGCGGCUCAUCAACAGCGACAACAGCAGUGUGACUGAUGGUACCACAGACAGGUGGGUUGAUGUAGGUGCAGUUAAAUGGUGAGAGAAAAAAGGGAGAGAUUGACACC